AGUUUGCCCAAGGGAAAAAAAAUUCACUACAGUAGCCUCCAUGUUAUUCAGUACAGUACCCUCCAUGUUAUUCAGUACAGUACCCUCCAUGUUAUUCAGUACAGCACCCUCCAUGUUAUUCCGUACAGUACCCUCCAUGUUAUUCCGUACAGUACCCUCCAUGUUAUUCAGUACAGUACCCUCCAUGUUAUUCAGUACAGUACCCUCCAUGUUAUUCAGUACAGCACCCUCCAUGUUAUUCCGUACAGUACCCUCCAUGUUAUUCCGUACAGUACCCUCCAUGUUAUUCAGUACAGUACCCUCCAUGUUAUUCAGUACAGUACCCUCCGUGUUAUUCAGUACAGUACCCUCCGUGUUAUUCAGUACAGUACCCUCCGUGUUAUUCACUACAGUACCCUCCGUGUUAUUCAGUACAGUACCCUCCAUGUUAUUCAGUACAGUACCCUCCGUGUUAUUCAGUACAGUAUCCUCCAUGUUAUUCAGUACAGUACCCUCCAUGUUAUUCCGUACAGUACCCUCCAUGUUAUUCAGUACAGUAUCCUCCAUGUUAUUCAGUACAGUACCCUCCAUGUUAUUCCGUACAGUAUCCUCCAUGUUAUUCCGUACAGUAUCCUCCAUGUUAUUCAGUACAGUACCCUCCAUGUUAUUCAGAACAGUACCCUCCAUGUUAUUCAGUACAGUACCCUCCAUGUUAUUCAGGACUAUAUCGUCCAUGUUAUUCCGUACAGUAUCCUCCAUGUUAUUCCGUACAGUAUCCUCCAUGUUAUUCAGUACAGUACCCUCCAUGUUAUUCAGAACAGUACCCUCCAUGUUAUUCAGUACAGUACCCUCCAUGUUAUUCAGGACUAUAUCGUCCAUGUUAUGAUCCUAGCAGUUAUUCAUAUAGUAUGUAUAUUUCUAGACAUGUAAGGAUGGUCACUGUCUCUAAUUUAACAUAAAUAAUGUACUUUAAUAAAGAACUGUUGUACAAA